AUGUCCUUGCGCAGUGCACUGAUGCUUAAGAUGGCACUGAAUCAACAACAAGCGGGAAGUUUAACUGUCGAAAGCAGUGAAUUUCUUAAUACAAUAGAAAAUGUUACGAAUACCGGUAACGGCGCCCUGUUUGAAGAGAGUAAACCAGGCCCGUCGAAAGAGCAUUCGCCUACAUUUUUUGAUAAUAUUAUUACACCCGACUUGUCGUCUGAAUUAAAUUCGGAUCAGGAGCAAGCUCUCGCUGAGAUGCUAGAGUUUGUUGAGGAUUCAGACUGUUCGCUCAAGGACAAAGAUUAUGUUUCAGAGUCACCUGCUGCAGAACGUGAACCUGAUACUAGUUCUUCCGAUAACGAAAAUAUUUUGGCAAUGACUGGUGACAAAAUUGAUCUGACAUUAGAUGACGAUAUGUUAAAUGACAUUUUAAAAACAAUGGAUGUGUUGCAGCCUCCAGCAGCUUCAACCUCUUCUUCUUCUUGUUUUUUUUUUCAACUAACGAGGAGGACUGGACCAAAAAAAGUUCAAACGUUUUAUAACACAUUAGAAAAAAAGUACGCCGUAAUUUACGGGCAAUUUCAGUCUUUUUGUUUAUUGAGAGACAAGUUAAACCAAUUCGAAAAAGAACACAAAGAGUUUUCAAAAAGUGAAACUGCUAUUGAAAGUGACAUUAAAAAUCUAACUAGUGAUUUAAGUGCGUUGAUGGAAAAGAAAAAAAAAGUGAAGUUAUGA